AUGCAACCAUCGAUCCCUCGCCUCCGAAACUAUGACGUAUCCCCCAUCAAUGGCUUUCUCCCCACAGAGCCCCCCCUUGAGGUUCUCCCCAACGCGUACUAUGCACCAUGGGAGAACCUGAUCAGGAACUUACAAGCCCUCAUCCUGACGAGGAGGUUGCGAGGUAUGGUGGAUAAACUGCCCGUACUCUCGACGGAGCAUUUACAGACGGAGGAAGAGUGGAGACGGGCAUAUUCGGUCCUUGCAAUCUUGACGCAUGCAUAUGUAUGGGGAGGAGAUCGUCCACUUGAUGUCGUCCCGCCUGGCAUUUCCAUUCCUUUUCUUGCGACGUGCAACCAUCUCGAACUCCCUUCCGUCGCGACGUACGCCGCGGUGGUGCUCUGGAACUGGCGGGCACUCUUCCCCACCGAGCCAGUCGACAAUCUGGAGAACAUCACAACGCUUGCCACGUUCACGGGGUCGAUCGACGAAUCAUGGUUCUAUCUCGUUUCCGUCGCCAUUGAGGCUCGUGGGGCUCCUAUCAUUCCCAUGAUGCUCCAAGCCAUCACUGCUGCUCGGCAGAAUGACGCUUUCACCGUGACCGAAUGCCUCCGGGGCUUCGCAGAGCGGCUCGACGAACUCGCGACACUGCUCGUCCGGAUGUACGAGAAUUGCGAUCCGCACGUCUUCUACCACCGCAUCCGACCAUAUCUUGCCGGUGGCAAAAAUAUGGCCGAGGCUGGACUUCCCAAUGGCGUCAUGUUUGACGACGGCACCGGGCACUCGGAGUACGUGCAGUUCUCCGGCGGCAGCAACGCCCAAAGCUCCAUCAUCCAAUUCUUCGACAUCGUUCUGGGCGUGGAACACCGCCCCACAGGUGACUCGAAGCAGCCGUCCGACCCCGCGCUGACCGGCCCAUCCAACAACUUCAUCCAGGACAUGCGGACGUACAUGCCGGGGCCCCACCGACGCUUCCUCGAGCACGUCGAGAAAGUCGCCAACAUCCGCCCCUUCGUCACCGCGCGCCGCAACAACCGCGCCCUCGUCGUCGCCUACGACGCCUGCCUGGCCAUGCUGCGCGCCUUUCGCGACAAGCACAUCCAGAUGGUGAGCCGCUACAUCAUCGUCAAGUCCCGCGAAUCGCGCUCGCACAGCCGCUCGAUCGCCGUGCUCACGACGGGCACCCCGACGUCCAUCCCAGCGAGCGAGUCGACCCGCCCGGGGCGGCGCAAGCUACGCGGCACGGGGGGCACGGCGCUGAUUCCGUUUCUGAAGCAGGCGAGGGAUGAGACGGGGGAGCCGGCGAUCGAUGCGUGGGCGAAUCGGUUGCUGAAUAAUGGACCGGGGCAGGAGGGGACGCGGCUGCGGAAAGUGGAGGAGGAUUCGAGUGGGGAGAUGGAGGUGGUGGGGUUGGCGGGUACGUGGAGCGUUGAUGACAGUGAGGGGGGGAUAUGUCAUUGGUAA